CGGCCCGCGGGGCGCGGAGCCCAGGCCCGCGGCCGGCCGCAUGAAGGACUGCGAGUACCAGCAGAUCAGCCCCGGGGCCGCCCCGCCGCCCGCCUCCCCCGGGGCGCGCCGCCCCGGCCCCGCCGCGCCCCCCGCCCCGGGCUCGGGGCCCGCGCCCUCCGCGCCCGCGGGGCCGCGCUGGAGCGCCAGCGAGAGCCUAGGCCGCCGCCCCCGGCGCAAGUGGGAGGUGUUCCCGGGCCGCAACCGCUUCUACUGCGGCGGCCGCCUCAUGCUGGCCGGCCACGGCGGCGUCUUCGCGCUCACGCUGCUGCUCAUCCUCAGCACCACCGUCCUCUUCUUCGUCUUCGAUUGUCCCUACCUGGCCCACAAGCUGACCCUGGCCAUUCCCAUCAUUGCUGCUAUCCUCUUCUUCUUCGUCAUGAGCUGCCUGCUUCAGACCAGCUUCACAGACCCUGGGAUCCUGCCCCGGGCCACCGUGUGCGAAGCUGCUGCCCUGGAGAAACAGAUUGACAAUACAGGCAGUUCCACAUACCGGCCACCCCCUCGGACACGAGAGGUGCUGAUCAACGGGCAGAUGGUGAAGCUCAAGUACUGCUUCACCUGCAAGAUGUUCCGGCCGCCACGGACCUCCCACUGCAGUGUCUGUGACAACUGUGUAGAGCGGUUUGAUCACCACUGCCCCUGGGUGGGCAACUGUGUUGGGAGGCGCAACUACCGCUUCUUCUACGCAUUCAUUCUCUCCCUCUCCUUCCUCACGGCCUUCAUUUUUGCCUGCGUGGUCACCCACCUGACGCUGCGCUCUCAGAGGAGCAACUUCCUCUCUGCCCUGAAGGAGACACCAGCAAGCGUGCUGGAGUUGGUGAUCUGCUUCUUCUCCAUCUGGUCCAUCCUGGGCCUCUCAGGGUUUCACACUUACCUCGUCGCCUCUAACCUGACCACUAACGAAGACAUCAAAGGCUCAUGGUCCAGCAAGAGGGGCGGUGAGGCCUCUGUCAACCCCUACAGCCAUAAAAGUAUUAUCACCAACUGUUGUGCUGUGCUCUGCGGGCCCCUACCUCCCAGCCUGAUCGACCGGAGGGGGUUUGUGCAGUCAGACGCUGUGUUCCCCUCGCCCGUCAGAGGUGAUGAGCCAGUCUGCGGAGCCAAGCCGGAUGCCAGCAUGGUAGGAGGCCAUCCCUGAUCGCAGCUCAGUCCUUGCCACCUGCUGGCCUGUGCCCCCUCCACACUCACCUGCUGGGACCCUCCCCCUGCCAUCUGAGGGAAGCAGAGCUGCCAAAGACUCCAGUCUGUUCGUAUUUAUUUCCCACCCUGCGUGGCUUUCCCUGAACUGCCCCAUGGCUGUACCCUCUGCUGCCCAAACCCAGGUUCCCUCAGCCCUGGGCCCUCGGGUCCCCCAGCUGAUCAGUGACAGGAGAGCCAGAACCUCUGGAGGCCAUCAAGGGGACCCUGGGAAGUGAGCUAAGGCCUUCCAGCCAAGCACUGGACCACAGGCCCCAGGAGCCGAGACCUAGGCUUUGGUUUGGGGGUCCCUGUGCUUUCUUUGUGAUGAUCAUUGUUCUUUCUUGGGCUUUUGGUGGUUUGGGGUUGGGGGGGGUGUUGUGUGGAAUUGGCCAAUAGGAUUAGGGCUGGGCUGGGGUCCCAGUUGAGGGGUGGGGGGAUGAGCUGAGUCAGGAAGCUGGACCAGUCAGCCACAGAAUCUCAGCUCCUGUGGGUCCUGGGCCACAAAGUAGGGAGGAAGGUGUAACCCCCCUCCCCACUGCCGCCCCAUCUCCCAAGUCCAUGCUGAGGAUGGGAGGGCUUGCUCACGCGGGCAAUACUUGAAACGGGUUAAUCACUGCUGGGCAUUUUGCACAAUUUUAUAGACCUCUUUUCUACUUAGCCUUUUUUUUAAUGGAAGAAGUCAGCCAGUUGUCAUCUGUGUAGUGCCAGGUGCAGGGUUAUCAGAAGGCUUAGCUGGAUUUAAUAAGUUUCUUACAAGAGACCUUCUGGUUUUGUGUGUGUGUGUGUGUGUGUGUGUGUGUGUGUGUGUGUGUGUGUGUGUGCUGCGCGCACGCCCGUGUGCCCGUGUGUGCAUGUGCGUGUGUUCACGUGUGCCCUUGUACAGAUGUGACUGGCUCCCACUUCCCCUGGGCCGUCCCCUCCCCCCAGCCUCCUUGGGUUCAGAAGCAGCCUGCGCCACAGGGACAAGGGAGCCUGGGCUCCCACAGGAGCUCAGCCCCGUCCUCUUCCUUUUCCCUUCCUCCAUGGACUUUAGACAGCACAGCGGCUGGGGACUUGGCCACUCCACCCUGUUGCCACCCAGCCCCUAGAUGAAGCUUCCAGCCUGGGCCUGCCCAGACCGGCUGAG